AUGGACUGGAACGAAGAGAAGUCGAACGCGCUUUGGAGUAUCAUCUCCGAUAACUCACGCUCGGGUGGAAAUAUCAACUGCAGGGAACGAGCUGUAAGAGCCGCAUGUUGCCUUGUCGAUGGACGACCUCAGUGUGUACUAACACUGUGUGCUUAUAGAGCUUCACAAUUCGAGGUGACCGUCGAUUUCCUUAUUCAGAUGGCAAACUACCUCACAGAUCGCCAUGCAAGCCAAAUCCGCGCUCAGAUGCUCAAGGCAGCCACAGGUAGAGGUUCUGCUGCUCCUUCACCCAUCCCCGGCGCCGAGCCUUCUUCCCACACCACCCAUUAUCCUCAGAUAUCGGAGCCCCUGAGACGCACUGGUUCGGCCAGUGGCAGAGCUCCUUCUUCUCUUUCUAUGCGCAAUGAUCGCAAAGAUACUCCGUCUGCUCCUCUCCCAAGACAGGACGCAGAGUAUGCCACCACCGUCGGAGCCGGCCCUUCUGCAGCCAAGCCCACCACCAUCCCUCUCCGCCCUGCCGUCUCGCGCAACUCAUCCGCCGGCACUACUAUCCCAACCCAGACCCAGCUCGGCAUCAGACCAGCCCCUUCUGUCACCUCCACCCGAUCUACAGGUCGUUACAUGUCUUCUUUCUCGUAUCAACAGCGCGAAGGAACAGAUCAAGAUGACACCUCCACCUUCGGCGCCGCCCAGCCUUCUGUCUCCGCCAGCCCAGCUGCCUCAGAAAGCGAAGAGGAAUCGGACUCUGACGACUCCCCCGUCCAGAGCCGUAUCAUUCGACGUCCGCCCCGAUUCUCCGUUUACGGCGACCACCGCGCUGGAUUUGACGGCCUUGCCGAAGAAGACGAGGAUGAACCCGAGCCUGCGUUCUUACCGCCCCCACAUCAACAACAGAUGGAUUUGGGCGCUACACUGAGAGGUGCCCCUGUUGGUGUCACCGGCGGUGGCGAGUUCAGCCAAACAUCCGACUCAUCAGCUAGUUCAGCGGCUAUCGUUCACCGUCCUGGAACUGCCCUGGCAGCCGGUGGGGGUAGAUACCCUGUUGCCGGUCAAGAUCACAUUCAUGGGACACUAUCCCCGAGAAGCAGAACGGCCGAGCUGAGAGAGAAAGGAAAGGGGGUUUCCCGUGAGGGCAGCGACGGCACGGGCACUCCCAGCAUGGGGAGCAGUUUUAGUGAUCUUGAUGGUGAGUUUUUACAUGAUGCCUACCUACCCUUUCUUUCAGCCGGUACCAAUCGUGCGUGUGUGUGCAAUAGACGCUUCAGUCACCCAGUCAGCCCUGGAAGAAGCCCUCGCGAGCCGAAUGCAAGACGGCACCAUCGGGAGCAGGAUGAGCGUCAUCGGGCAUGCGAUCAAGAGUCGGUAUUUGCCCAAAAGCCCAAAGUCGCCCGAGGGGAAGCGUUGAGAGUGGGAGAGUUUGUAUGA